AUUUCUCAGUGACAAAACAGGUGUCACAGCUUGAUCCGUUUGUCUUAUCUCCUCGGGCGUCCAUAAGACAUAGGAACGGUAAGGUUGCCGUGAUAUGGAUCGUUUAAUGUUUCCCAAGACACCAAGUUUAUCGUGCAUACUUCUUCUGGCGGCUGCCAUCAUUCAUGGAACCGUGGAAUCAAACCAGCAAAGCCGUUUCACCAAUCGCGAUGACUCAGCCAACCCAGCAUACAAAUUUGGACAUAUUACCGUUGACGUUGCCGUUCAGCCUAUGGAACUGACGUUGGAAAACACUCAUGGCCGCAGUGCCCUUGUGACACAACUUGGAACUGACUUUCUAUCAGUAUCACCUACAAUACAACGUCGUGGAAAUGCUCUCAGCAUUGAGGUCCCCAAGGCUGCAGAUCUGACAAUACGAGAAUACCAUUACAAGAACUCUGACUGUGUGGAUGUGACGUGGUCAGCUACUAGCUGCGUCACAGAGGUCCUCACUGAUUGCAUUCAGCUGGGACAAAGUCACUGGUAUGGUGGUUCCGAGCUCAGAGAACAACUCUGGCCACUGGAAAAGGUUGCCAUGGCCAUGAAACCCUACUUGGCGAUGGAUCACAUCAACGAAGACAAGUACGGUCCUGUUCAGGAACGGAUGUUCUUUAACUCAGAUGGACAUGGAAUUUAUGUUGAGGAAGACAUUCCACUGUUUGUUAGCAUCAACGCCACUGGGGACAAUAAAAUUUGUCUUCAGGCUAAGUAUGAUGAAUAUUGGUAUUCAAGUGGUGGCGUCAAUCUACCAGAGCUGAACUACACAGUGUGUACCGCUCCGGAUGUGAGGAGUAUCCAUAAACUUAUGUCAGACAGAUACAUCAAGAAGCCAGAAGGUACUCCAAGUCCCCUGCUAUUUCGUGCACCGAUUUGGUCAACGUGGGCAAAAUAUAAAACAAAAAUCAACCAGUCAUUAGUAGUGGAAUUUGUCGAUGAUAUCAGGAAGCAUAACUUUCCUGUAUCUCAAAUUGAAAUUGAUGAUGUAUGGACCCCAAAAUACGGUGACCUGGAUUUCGACCCAGUUACAUUCCCCGAUCCAAAGGCCCUUGUGAAUGCAAUGCACAGUCAGAACAUUUCCGUCACUUUGUGGGUUCAUCCUUUCAUCAACAUCAACGCCAAAGCAUUCCCCUAUCUGGCCAGCAGAGGGUGGAUGAUCCAGGAUCUACUUGAGGAGAGUCCUGCUCUGACAUCUUGGUGGAAUGGCCAAAAUGCUGGGCAUAUUGACUUCAGUAACUCAGAUGCUACACAGUGGUUCCUGAACGAAGUUUCUCAUUUAAAGUCAUCGUACGGAAUUGAUUCAUUUAAAUUUGAUGCAGGUGAUGUGAAUUACUUGCCUCCGAUCUUCAAAGCCAAGAAAGAUUUUGUGAAUCGCAAUCACCUAACACGUCUGUAUGCUACAGCUGCCUAUCAGAGCGACACGACAGAGAAAAGGCAAGAAGUUCGAACAGGUAUUAGAACUCAAAACCUCCCCGUCAUGGUGAGAAUGCUGGAUAAGUACUCAACCUGGACAUUCAUAGCAGGGUUUAGAUCCACCAUAACGUCAGGCUUGAUGUUUGGUUUACUUGGGUAUCCAUUUGUUCUUGCUGAUUACAUUGGAGGCAAUAGCUACAACGCCUACCCAGACCCUGAGCUUUUUAUUAGAUGGGUGCAAGCCAAUGCCCUCAUGCCACUCAUGCAGUUCUCUCUGGAACCCUGGGCAUACAGCAACAGCACCGUGCUAGAAGUGGCUCAGGACAUGGUUAAGCUGCAUGGAAAGUAUGCUGAUAAGAUCAUAGGUCUAGCGAAUGACUCUGUCACCACAGGGUACCCCAUAAUGAGGCCCCUAUGGUGGAUAGCGCCCACAGAUGAAGCAGCCCUGACUGUGGAUGAUCAGUUUCUGCUCGGUGAUGACGUAUUGGUGGCACCUGUUGUGGAACAAGGGGCGACAAUGAGAAGAAUUUAUCUUCCUGCCGGUAGAUGGCGCGAUGAACUAAAGGGACAGACACAAGAUGGAGGGAAAUGGAUCGACUAUCCUGUAACCUUGCGAGACCUUCCGUAUUUCACUAAAUUGCCUUAAUGUUGGUAUUCAGUUGUAACAUAACAACCACUUUGUAAUGAAAUGAAAAUGAAGCGAUUUGUGAAAUUCAUUCUUAAACAUAUGGGUUGUCGGCUACCCUGCCAAAAUGUCAAAUUAAUUCAGGAAUUUAUUAACCUAAAUAUAAAAAUGAAAAUGUAAGGUGAGCUCAGUCAAAUGGAUGGAAAUAGAAACGUUGUUGAACCAUUACAGCAAGGACAUCUGUCUACCUGUGAAAGUCUCAUCGUGUCUUCAUUGAUUAGAGAGAGCAAUUCAAGGAUACCCAUUCUUUCGUAAUUCUAUAGUUACUUCAGAUAAUUAUCCUUUAGUUUAUGAAAUAAUAUGUUGGUAUUGUAUGGUUUUUUGUUUUGUUUUUUGUCACUUUAUUUCUUUUUGAUUUGGGUACAGCAUAUCAUGCACAUUUAACAAGUCAGCAUAUUUGUUGCAUUAUAUAGGAGUCAAAUUACAAAGUCAUUAUCUAUGUAAAUAGAUUGUGGUAAGACGACCAAAAUGAAACAAAAGUGUCGUAUUUGCAGUGAGAGUAUGCAUUAAAUUUGUGUAAUUGUAAUUUAAUUUUGGUUUCAGACCAGCGAGAGAAGGUACAAUGUUUGCUACCUUUCUAGAAUAUACGUAUUUUUUAGUUAAUAUGAAAA